AAAAAAUGCAUUCUCUGGUCUUGCGCUUCUGCUUGUUCGUACCUUGGUUGAAGCGAUAACGGAAUAACUGGUUCUUUUGAGGACCGCCUCGGAGCUCAGCUCACACGACAAUGUCGUUUGUUCCGAGCUCCCCGAAUAAACGGCUCAAAAUCCAAGACCAGGAGGAAUCCGAUCAUCACCUCGACUUGCCACCUUCGUUCGAGGAUGACCAACCUGAUUCUUGUGGAAUUUGCUACGCCGAUCAUGCCACCUCAAUCAGAGGUGAAAUUGAUUGUUGCAAUCAUUUUUUUUGCUUCGUCUGCAUCAUGGAAUGGUCCAAGCAUGAGUCUCGAUGCCCCCUCUGUCGGCAAAGAUUCUCCACCGUUCGUCGCCCCCCUAAGCCCGGCGUCUUCCUCUCCUCGCGUCUUGUUAGAGUCCCUAUUCGUGACCAGGUUUACCAUGUUCAUGGAAAUAUCACAACAGGUCCUGCGGAUCCUUAUGCUGAAACUAGGUGUAGUGUCUGUAACGGCGAGGAAGAUGAAAGUUUUCUUCUACUAUGUGAUCUUUGUGAUACUGCUUCUCAUACAUAUUGUGUUGGCCUUGGAUAUGUUGUGCCCGAAGGUGAUUGGUUUUGUCAAGAUUGUACUGUUUCCAGGGCAAUUAAUGACAAUAACGAUGUAGACCAUCAAUGUGACAUACCGACAGCUGAGUCAAGUGUAACAAUCCUUGAUAUUGUGAGAGAGCCAAACAGCCAGAGGGUCCAAAGGUCAAGACCGUCUCCUCUUGUUACCCCUUUACCUUAUAGGGCGCAUAGAAACAAAGAUAGAAAUCAUGACAUAAGUUUUACCCCUUUACCUGACAGGGUGAAUAGAAACAAAGAUAUAAGUCGUGACUUGAGUGCCCGCACAUUGCGCCGAUGUCGCAAUGUGCAACGUAAUAUACGAGCUUUUCGUGAAAACUGGAAUGCCUUGAGAAAUGGUUCAUUAAGGUUCUCUUCCGAUUCGUCUGAAUCUGGUGUUAGACAUGGUAAACAGCAGAACACUUAUUCCUUAUCUCAUGGAAAGUCAUAUCAAAUGCAUUCUUCGGCUUCCAUGAGCCAUCAGCAAUCUACAAUUCAUGGUAGCCCUUCUAAUAACAAAUUGAAUGAGGGAGACUCAGAAGAUGUCAACAAGGCUUGGAAAAUGCUGGAGAGAGCAAAGAUGAUGGGAAAGACUCAUCAUAAAGGCAGCAUUUUUCCACAGGGAUUACUUGUAGGACCUAGAAAAGCACCAAGAAUUCAUUGUAAUGAUCAAGAAUUGAAACUUCAUUCAUGUGGAAGAUCCACAGGAAAUGAGAAGCGAUGCAGCUUUUCUAGUUUUAAUAAGGAUAUGGACAAUCGCUGGCCUCUAGAGUUGGGAGGGAAAAAGCAUAGUGGGGUCACGCAUAAGGGGACAACAAAUAUUAAGGACCAAGCUUCUCAUUUGGAAGAAUGCUAUGAGCCUUCAUUGCCUAGAAAAGCGCUGAGUAGCAUUCUAUGUGCUCCCCAUCGUGAAAAUGGGGAGAGAAAUUUUGCAAAGGAACAAAGUAGUUCUUCUUGGGUAGUAACUUCAGUGGGUUCUGCUCCUUCUGAUGGCAAGUUUGGUAGUGCGUCUUCGUCAAGCAGGGAUGCAGGUGAAAAAAAGCGGUUGUCUAAAAAAACUGGGGAUGCAAACUCGCAAGAAAGUGAAGAUGCUAAAAACGAGAUCAAGUCUCUUGUCAAGCUCAAUCUGAAAGUCCUCAGUAAAGAUAAACGAUUAGGCCCUUCAUACCAUAUGUGUGUUAUAAAGCGUUGAUGCAAUGGAAUGACAAACGUGACUUCCUUAAAUUAGAGCAACACAUUGAAGAAGACAUUGGUGAUGCAGGUGCUGAUGCAUUCAAGGAAAUUGCCAGGCACUCAACCCACACCAUCUUGGCCGCUUGUCGAUUGGAGCAUGAAAAGCUGGGCGUAAGCUCCUCGAGCUCUUUAUGCAGUCAUAGGGGUGAUAAUGAGCGUUUUCACAAGUCCACCUUAAUGCCUAAUUGUUGCCGACAAUGUUUUUACAUGUUUGUCAAGAAUGUGGUCAACUCCACUAUGAUGGAGAAGGUGGGUGGGGGUGGAUCUUCCUGAGGUAAUCUGAUUGUGAGGCUUAUUGUUUGCCAAUCUCCUGGCAACGCUAGGAGAAAUUCUGUAACUCUUAAUGUGUAUACGUAAUGAUCGUGUUCUAGUCUUGGGUAAAUUAACAUGUCUCAUAAGUCACAAGUAGAAGUUGAAUCUCAA